GAGCCAAUGCGGGGCUGCGGGCGGGCCCGGCGGGGGCCCGGGGCGGCGGCGGGCGGGCAGAGGGAGCGGAGCCAUGGCCCAGCACAGCACGCUGCUCCACCUGCUCGCCGGAGGGUGUGGUGGCACAGCUGGAGCCAUCCUGACCUGUCCCCUGGAGGUGGUGAAGACACGUUUACAGUCAUCCCAGCUGGCACUGAGGCCUCUGUGCCUCUCAGAGGUACAGGUGGCAGGGAUGAGCCUGAGGAUGAUGAAUCCCGCCACACCAUCUCCUGGAGUGCUCAAGUUGCUGAGGGCCAUCCUUGAGAAGGAAGGCCUGCGAUCCCUGUUCCGAGGUCUGGGUCCAAACCUUGCUGGAGUUGCUCCUUCCCGGGCUAUAUAUUUUGCUGCCUAUUCUGGUACUAAGGAGAGGCUCAAUGCUGUCCUUGUACCUGAGUCCAAGAAGGUACACAUACUAGCAGCAGCCUGUGCAGGCGUGAGCUCGGCCACACUCACCAACCCUAUUUGGUUAGUGAAAACCAGGAUGCAGCUGGAAGCCAGGGCGAAGGGGGAGUUGGCCAGCAAUGCUCUCCAGUGUGCCAUGCGCGUGUACCGCACUGAAGGCCUUCGUGGAUUUUACCGUGGUGUCACCGCCUCCUACGCUGGAGUGUCAGAGACCAUCAUACACUUUGUCAUCUAUGAAGCACUGAAACAGGAGCUGAGAAACAGCCAUCAUUCCCAUUCCCCACCACUCACACCUUCACCAAACAACCAUGAUUUCUUGGGACUAAUGGGUGCUGCUGCUGUCUCCAAAACAUGUGCUACGUGCAUUGCAUAUCCACAUGAGGUCCUUCGGACACGGUUGCGGGAAGAAGGGUCACGAUACCGUUCUUUGAUACAGACUCUGCAGCUUGUGGUCCAUGAAGAGGGACCCUCGGCUUUAUACCGAGGGCUCCUGGCUCACUUGAUCCGCCAGAUCCCAAACGCAGCCAUCAUGAUGGCUACCUAUGAAGUCAUCGUACAUUUUGCCUCUUCCACCUUGUAAGCAUGCUGUAGCUCCUGGCUGAGGCUGCUGUAGGGGUACAGGGACCUCGUGGUCCUGAGACUUGGUCUUCCUCAGUGCACUGAGAGGUGGUGGUUUUGGUCGCAGAUCAGAACACGUCAGGCAUUCUCAGGAUGUAAGACUAUUUUGUGCCAAGUUUUUUGCUCCAGUGUGCACAAUGUAGCCUUUUUUCUUUCUGGAGACUUGAAUUAUUCCAGUGCAUCAAGGUGUCAGGGCACUGGUUUGACAGUGCCUGUUGUAAUUUCCCUGAAUGAAACAAGGGUGUGGAACUUACUGGGAAAGAGAAAAAGCAGAAAGCAUAAAAGUGUCUUAGCCUCAGCAUGUUCGCUUGUUUUGGACCCAGUAACAACCAUGCAUGGGUACAGUUGGGCAUGAGGACAGGCUAGAGCUGAGACAUUUGAGAACUGCAGCAAGCAGAGAUCUUGUGCUGCAACCUUUCAUGCCCUCAGAGGGGCUCUUCCACUUUCACCUACUGUGCUGCCUUCUUGCUCUUCAGGAGGAUUUCUCAAACAACACGUUCUUUGCCCCAACACGUGUCAGGCAGCUGACAGCCUGCUUUUGUCUUGCAAGGUCUGAAAAACCACACCAAGUAUAUCAAGGGAAGAAACACAACCUGCUAUGAAGCACUACCCUAAAAACCCAUGCUACUGCUGGGCUCAGAGUCAUGCUUUCCCAGUAUCUGAUGUGUUCCCAUUCCCACCCUUCUCAGCAGAAAGAGGAGGGCACCUCCUUCCCUCAGAAGUGCUCUGUUACACUCUGUUAUGCUCUGUUCCAGCUGUUAUACAAGCUGGAACCCCUGAUAUGAAAAAACACUUUUUGAUGCUGGUGAAAAAAGCAGAUCAGGUGAGAAGAUGGAUGAAGCUAAGGAGAUUUGGCCUGUUUCUAUUGAUGAUACACUUAAGUGUAUGGCAAGAGCCUUAUUUAUUUUUUUCUAUAAUCAGGAAUUUAGUUUCCUUCGUGUGUUACAUUUGCCUGUGACAGGCUUGGAUGCCUUCUGUUCCUCUGUGGGUUCCUAGCCCUGUGUCCUGGGGAAGGCUACGUUGUGUUUACAAAGAGUAUUUUGAAUCUCAAAAAGGCAGAGGGUACAGUCAGGCCUGAUGUGUUUUUCUUGUUUCAUCACAUAUGCUAAAAAAUGUAACCCUUCCCCCAGAUAAGUGAUUUCAGUAAAUGCACGCUCUGGACAACCUCCAGUCUCACAUUAGAGGCUACACUAUUUCUUUCCCUUCUUGUAGUGAAAAACUGAAGAAGCCCUGAAUAUUUUAUUUGAAAUCCAUUUAUUUUAAAAUCCACUUUGUUUCCUCAUCUUUCUUAUCUUCAUUCCUUUAGUUUAGGAGUAUUGACAAUUUUACAAAGCGACACAAGCUGCAGUGGUUUGUUGGUUGUUUUUUUUCUUUUUUUUUGCAUGAAACGAGAAUAAA